ACCACAGAAACUGGGUGUGCUGGCGCAUGUGUGCACAACGAAAGUGGUGCAUGUCAGCUUCCUUGAUCCAUACGCGGUGCUGGUGCUGGCGGAUGGCGGCAUUGUGUCGUAUUCAUGGGACAAGCAGCUGUCACGGUGGAACACCGAUGCCGAGACGAGCGCAAAGCGGCAACGGCUGGCCCGUGCCAACUGCGCCAUCACCGCAUGCACCACCCUCAACAACACGCUCAUGUGGUGUGAAGACGACGAAGAGCACAACACAGCACGACUCGCCAUGCGCACCAUGUCCCUGCCACCAGACACAAGCAGUGAUAUAAAGCUGGGCGACACGCUGGUGUUUGUGACACACAUUCCGCGCACGCAUGCGGUGAUGUUUGUGGCGGCGACAACAGAGGUGUAUAUCCAGAUUCGCAGCGAGCACACGCGCGUGACGGGGAGCACGUGGCUGCUGGCCUGGUCGCUGCCGCGCCGCCGCCUCCUGCUGUGGAUCUGCAACAUCGGAUCGCAGCCCGUCCAAGCGAGGACUGGCCUCCUGGCUGAGCGGCAGGACGUGGUGCCGUGCUACGACUACGCUGCCGUACGUCACGCCAUAAUGCUGGCAGCAGCAUCCUCGCCGCACCGCCCACAGGCAUUCCGCGCCCUCGCACUCUCUCCGGUGGCGCAGCAGGUGCACGUGCUCACGUGCGACAACACGCUGCUGUCACUGCAGUGCACAGCGAGCCCUGAUCACCCGCCACACGUCAUCGCAACACACGUGCAGGCGCUGCACUUCCCGUCGUCUGCAGCUGUAACUCUGAAUGGCGAUGGUGGUGUUACACACGUGGCAGCAUCACACCACGCAGAGACCAGCAAUGGACAUGGUGGUGCCGGUGAUGAUGAUGAUGCUGAUGCUGAUGGAUGGGAGGGGCGGGCAACGCUUCUCUUCUGGAAAGAGCUCUUCGGUGUUCUGGUGGGCCGCCGUCUUGCCAUCUUCACUGCCAGCGGCGAACACGUGCAAACGCUCACAGCACAGGCGGAACCAACGGUGUUCAGUGUUCUCGGGACGCAUGCGCACCGUCCGGGCUGGGGCGUGCGCGGCGCUGGUGUUGUUGUGCUCCACCCGCUCAACGCGCAUCACCAGGUUUCACACAUUCAAGAACAAGUGGGUGCGCUGGCUGCGAGUCGGCACGGCGUUCGUGUUGGCCGCGAUAUUCUGGCGGCACAACUCGCAUUCUCAGCGCUCAUCGCAGAACACAUACACGCAGACACCGCUCUCACACGGCAGCAGAAGCAGGAGCUGCUAGCUGUGCUCGGGCAGCAGCUGCAAACGCCGGCAUUCCUCAUCGCCGCCGUUGGGGACAAUCCAGAAUUCUUCGCCCCGAUGAUGGAGAGCGUGACGUCGUGCGUACGGGACCUGGACCGCUCUGGUGAAGACACCACAUCUGUCUCUGACGCCGUCAAAGCACUGGCAGCCAUGUCCACAUUCACACAGGAGUCGCUUGACUUGCUGCGGGAGUAUGCGCGCGACGUGGAUGCGUAUCUCACCGCCCUCUCCCCGCAACCGAACAGCAGCAGCAGUCGAUGUGAUCGCGCCACACGCACGACGGAUGGCACGACAACAUCAAGCAGUGAUGAUGGUGGUGGUGAUGGCAGCAGGAUGGCGAGUGACGAUGGCAUCAAGGGUGGUGAUGAUGCAUGGCGUGAGCGGCUGACACUGCCGGUCGGUGACCUCAUCAUGAAGACGAUUACAGACAGCGAAUCAAUGCCAAGAAUGGCGGUGACGCAGGCGCUGGUGCUUGACGUGCAGCGGCGGCCGUCCACAUACAAGAGCGACUUUGCUCGCCUCUACAUCAGGGCGCUGUCUGUGCUUCCUCCGGUUCCCGAGAUGCAGUCGCCACCGCCAGCGCGCGUGUGUGCGGCCGUGCGUGCACGUGUCGAUAUGCUCCUCCUACAACACUCCAGUUUGCACCAAGUCGGACAAGACACACCGCGAUGA